CUAUACAUGCCUGUCUCAUCUGAGUGCCGCGCGCCUCGCCCUGUCCACACCCCACCUUUAAAGCAGAGAGGCUUCAUAUGAGAAACAAACGAUAAAAGUGGGAUCCAUAUCUCGACCCUGCGACUCGGUCUGGACUGUACCACGCGGAAAUAAAAAUCUCGACCACGGGGAGCAAGUUAAACGAUAGGUGCGAGCGUAAUUAUCUGGAUGCGUUUCACCCCCGUGAAGCCCACGCGGACGCGACAGAAGUUGCCUCGCGCUGUUUUGUUAUUCGGUGAGACCUAAAAUCUAAACUCCUUUAUAGAAAAUCCACCUGUGUAAAAACGUCCUUUCUGACUGUUUUGUGCGCUUGUACCUGAUCUAUAGUUGAUCGAUCUAUCUAUACAUCCAGCUGCAUUUGUUCCAGUUAAAUUCCAACUUCGCAUCUGGUCUCUCUGAGUUAAACUACAGCUUUAACUCCACUCGCAUCUAAACGGACUUUAGUAAAGUUCUUUUGUGCAAAAAACUUUAUUUGUUCUUUUUUUUUUUUUUAACGUAAUCUGGUGCCGUACGUCUCCAGACUAAAGAAUGGCAUGCCCAUAAAUCUACUUUCUAAUUAUCCAGCAUUUUAAAUUGCUAUCGCAACUAGAGGUGAGGAAAAUCUACAAAGAACCUAUACGAAACACAACCAGCCGUCCACAGAGCCAACACCUGGACACAUCUGGAAGAGCUCUCCCCUGUGUAUCGGGGCGCGCAGCGGGCAUAUACACGCGCAUUGGAAACAGCAAGUAGGAUGGCUGCAGACAACUACUUAAGGAUACAUUUGUGACACUUUUUUUUUUUUUUUUUAAAAUCAGACAAAGAUUUUAUAGUCAGCCUUCAGCCAUAAUGAGUCAAGAGGAAGACCCGUGCCACACCAAGCACUACAUUGACUCCACCACGAGCCCAGUGCCCAGUGCCAUCAUGUUUGCAGCGGGCAUCUUUGGCAACGUAGCCGCGCUGGUGAUCCUGGAAAUCCGCCGCUGCAGAGAAACGAGGACUGGGGACAAGUGGCGGCGUGCGCUGUUUCACGUCCUCAUCACAUCGCUGGUGGUCACGGACCUGGCGGGCACCUGCCUGAUCAGCCCGCUGGUGCAGAUAGCUUACUCACGCAACACUACUAUGGUGGGGAUGUCACCUGAACACAAAGGAGUGUGUCAGUACUUCGGUCUCAGCAUGACCUUUUUCAGUCUGGCCACCAUGUCGCUCCUCUUCAGUAUGGCAUUAGAGAAAUGCUUUGCCAUUGGAUACCCCUACCUGUACAGCCGGCAUGUCACCAAGAAAUGUGCCUAUAUCACAAUCCCUCUGGUGUUCCUGUUGUGUAUGUCGUUCUGUCUCCUCCCUUUCGCGGGAUUUGGUAAAUAUGUACAAUACUGCCCUGGCACAUGGUGCUUCAUUGACAUGAGCCCAAAGAGUAAGAAGGACGGGGCCUACGCCAACCUGUACGCCACUAUUAUGCUAGUGCUGGUGCUGGCUACUGUGGUGUGCAACGGAUUUGUGGUGUACCAGCUGCUGAGGAUGUACCAGCGUCGGAAGAGGAACGGCUCGAUGAUGUCGACCACGAGAUCCAAGACUGACCGCAAAGCGAUGUCCAUGGCCGAGGAGGUGGAGCACCUCAUCCUGCUGGUGUUCAUGACCAUCACCUUCAUCAUCUGCACGCUGCCCCUGGUGAUCCGCGUGUACAUCAACUCCAUAGGGAACCGAAUUGAGUCUCACCCCAUGGACCUGACUGCCCUCCGCUUCAUCUCUGUCAACUCCAUCGUCGACCCCUGGGUCUAUAUCCUCCUCUCCCCCAGCGUGAUGCACUUUUUCUGGGCCUCGGUCUGCCAGGCCUCCCUAGGAACCUCCAGGGGCUCCGUGUUUAAAUUGUCGAUGGCUAAAGAGAAUUCCACUAACAUAGAACUGUCUCGCCCAACGUUGGACUACACUGAGAACUUUCACCCUGUGGAAAAUGUAUGACCAUAACAGUACAUUUACAGUUUGAUAUUUAUAUUUAUUGGACACCUGAUUGGAUAGUGUGUUCUCCUUGGUGAUCACAUGAAGUGGGGAGGUUUUGUGGGCCGCAGCAUCUGUUCCCUGGGGGUAUGUUUCCAUGAGUUAAUGACCCUUUCUGUCCAACUGAUAAAGCACCUCCAACCAGUUUUUAAUCAGCCGGUGGCCGUCUCUGGCCUCUCUAGCAUUUCAGCAGAUUUUAUGCAUUUUAAAUGCAUAAUGACUUCUCUAGAAAUCUGUAUUUCAAAGGUCAACAUUUUCUUGCUUGUAUUCUGUAACGAUCUGGAAAACUGCAAGUGUGACACAGUAAAGACGUUGCUCUAUCACCGCGAACAGAAAAAGGGAUUAGCCUCGGAUUCUGGACACACAGCGGAGGGAGAGAGGGACCAGUGACACAGAGCCUUGCUUGUUCUUGCCUUCGCCGAUUCAAAUGCUGCUUUCCAAACAGUUGUUACUGGUUCUGAUACAGCAAAGUACGGAAUCCAUAUAAACUGAGCAGAAACAGAGAUAAAUUUAUAACAGAAAAGGAAAGAGAUACAUGUUCAUGCCAGGUACAGAUAAGCAUACCAAGACGUGACCUAAACAUGAGACAGAUAUACAGAUAUAGACAUUUGAGGCAUGCCGCUCUCUUCUGAACACUUCAGUGGUCAUGGGUCAUCAUCUCGAGGACAUUAUCUCAUAACCUCGGAGCUACUUAACCUCUCACCAUAGCCUCUGGUCUGCUUUGGUAACCCUUCCCCUCGCAUUCAUACCAGGUCCCUGCUGGAAAAGUCAAAGGGCAAGAAGACUAGAGAGACCUUUGAUAGACAAGACGGUCAAAACUUCACUCAGGGUGUGGAUUGGAAAGAGCGACAAAAGGUUAAACUGAUGGUAGUGACGUUAUUUCAUUCAUCUGUGCAUGUACAGUAAGUAGCAUAUAAUAUUAUAUAUAUAAAGUUAUUCAUUCAGACUGGAGUUACCUUGAAAACCAUUUCUUCUUGCACUAAGCAGCAACAGAUCAAUAUUCUCACAUAAUCUUGUCGUAGCAACCUACUAAAUAAAGGAUCGUGGAUAAUUUAAGUACUUUUUGAAAGAACAGCAGCUAUCUCCUUUAACAACAAAAUCACACCAUUAGGAUUAUUCUGUCAAAACACUUCUACAGACCACUCUUUCUUACCUAAAUGAGAAUAUACAGUAGCUGCACUGAAGGGUCUUUGUUUUUAGACUUAGACUUGUUUUUAUUGUCAUUCAACAGACACACACUGUCGGUGUAUAUAUCAAACAGAAUAUCGAUACCUUGGCUCACAGUGGAUUGGACACAUAAAGGGGUGGACAGAAAUGAUCCAAAAUACAAAAAUAAUAUAUUCACAGAAUACAGAAUGUAAAAUGCUGAUAUGACAUAAGAGUUAAAAUUACUUAGUGUAUAAGGGAAUAAAGUGACAAAAAAGGGUGUGUGUGUGUGUGUGGGGGGGGGGGGGGUUAUUGCAGUGUGUGGGAGUUCAACAGUCUUUUUUGUAAACAAAGUGUUGUUAACAUUCAGUGUUACUAACUGGAGUAGCGUGAAAAUUGGCAGUUAUGUGUAUCGCUUCGCCUGCGUGCUUGUGAGCUUAGAUGAUAAAGUCAAAACAGGGGCCUAUUCAUAAAAACAUUGCCGCCAGUUAAUACCACCAGAUUUGGGAAAAUGCUGUGAAGAAUAAAAGUCUUAUACAACAGUCCUAUAAUAAAACGUUCGAUUUAAAUAAAGUGGAUGAAAUAAUAGAAACACCCAUCAGCCUCCAAAAUGACCAGAAAACUGAUUUACAGCAGGACUGCUGUGUUAGACUGCAUUAGUUCUAGCUAGGUGUGCCUAAUAAACUGCACUCUUUAAAAAGCACCAUUGUUUGUUUUCAGUUAGCAGACACGUCAUUGCGGGGACAGAACUCUCAGCAACUUAAAAACAUUUCCUCCUGUAUCUUGCUUUGUUUCCUCCUGGGAUGUCAUUUGUUCAAUCCAUGUUGCCCUGACUGCACAAAGAUUUAGUGUCUGACUAUAUCCUCGCACUGAUUCUCCAAACCAGUUCAACUACCAACUAAAGAAAGCCCAUCAAUCAAACUCUAAGUUUAAAAUUCUCCCCUGCUACAGACCAUUAAAGGUUCCACUUGGUGGGUUCCUACUGGGUUAAAUGACACAACUCUUACCAAAAGAAUCAGAUUCAAACUGGGCUCAAGUGUCUGGAACAAUAAGCUACUACAGAUUUUCACAGGAAUCUCCGGUCAGAUCUCCACUCAGAGUGGAGUGACUCAGGUUACGUAAUAACAGAGGUGUAGUUUGAACUGAAAGAGUUUGCUCCUCAAGAAUGUGUUUGUGGUGUGUAUAUUUGUGUGUUUAUGUGUGUGUGAGAGAAAGACACGCACACAAUGAGUGUGGUGAGAGUAAAGAUAUUGACUCUUGCUUUAUGAAAACAGCGGUUUAUUGCCUUCCUUGGUCUGUUGUCGGUUCUGAGCCGAGCAUGAAAAUGUUGUGUGUUCGCCACAGACACACACACGUGCACGCUGCUUCCUGUGGAUGUUGUGUGUGACUUUUGCUUCUCUGUGCGUGUGUGUGUGUGUUUGCCAGUGCUUUUUCCUGUUGUGUUCUUGUGUGAGAGAGAGUGUGAAUAUAUUUUCGGUAAAUAUAUGCUUAUGUGCCUAAAACACGUUGUAUACAGUACAUGUGCAUGCCAAUGUGUGUGUGUGUGUGUGUGUGUGUGUGCGUGCGUGCGUGUAUGAGUGUAUGUGACUGCACUGAAAUGUAAUGAUGUCAGACCUGAAUGCCCGGCUGUGUUGUACUCUGUAAUUAUAAAGUACUGUAGAUGAAACUGAAUGCACUGAGCACAUGUGUGUGUGUUAUGGCUUGUGUAAAUAAACAUCUCAU